GCCUGCCCUCGCUUUAUACUCCUCGGGUCAGUGUAACUCACACAGAGCCGUGGCCGCGAUGACUGGCGCUCACUCUCCGCGGGAAUGAUCUGACGGCUGAUCGGACGGCUACGGAGAGUCAGCGGUGCUCUGUGAAAGUCAUGGCCGCUCAGUGUGAACCCUUAAGCGGAUACUUACAGCAGUCUGAUCCGGGCUCCAACAGCGAGCGCAGCGCUGAUUCCCCUCUGCCCGUGUCUGAGGAUGACUCCAGCGGACCCACUGCACCUCCGGAUCCCGAGUGGACCGAGGAGAGGUUCCGAGUGGACCGGAAAAAACUGGAGAUCAUGUUAUUAGCUGCCACGGAGGGGCGAGUCAACGGAGGUGAGGACUUCUUUCAAAAGGUCAUGGAGGAGACAGAUACUCAGAUUGCAUGGCCUUCCAAGCUAAAGAUCGGUGCCAAGUCAAAGAAAGAUCCACAUAUCAAAGUUAGCGGUAAGAGAGACAAUGUGAAGGAAGCCAAGGAGAAGAUCAUGUCUGUCCUGGACACAAAGGUGAGCAUGAUUGGCGUGACUCUAAAGAUGGACGUCUCACAUACCGAGCAUUCACAUGUCAUUGGCAAAGGGGGGAACAAUAUCAAGAAGGUGAUGGAGGACACGGGCUGUCACAUCCACUUCCCUGACUCCAACCGCAACAACCAGGCUGAGAAGAGCAACCAGGUGUCCAUAGCUGGCCAGCCAGGAGGAGUGGAGGCUGCCAGAGCCCGAAUUCGGGAGCUGCUCCCGCUGGUGUUGAUGUUCGAGCUGCCAGUCAUAGUGCAGCAGCUGAACCCUGACCCCAGCUCUCCUGCCAUCCAGCACAUCUCCCAGACAUACAACAUCUCUGUGGCCUUCAAACAAAGGUCCAGACUCUAUGGAGCGACAGGAGUGGUGCGGGGCUCACAGAAUAAUGCUGCGGCCGUGAAGAGGGGCACAGCAGUGUUACUGGAGCACCUCGCGGGCAGCCUGGCCAGCGCCAUCACAGUCAGCACACAGCUUGACAUCGCACCCCAGCACCACCUCUUCAUGAUGGGCCGUAACGGCAGCAAUAUCAAGCACAUCAUGCAGCGCACAGGAGCGCAGGUCCACUUCCCAGACCCAAACUGCCCGCAGAAGAAAUCCACCAUCUACGUGCAGGGAACCAUUGACUCUGUGUGUCUGGCUCGCCAGUACCUAAUGGGCUGCCUGCCACUGGUGCUGAUGUUUGAUAUCAAAGAGGACAUCGAGGUGGAACCGCAGUGCAUUACUUCCCUAAUGGAACAGCUUGAUGUGUUCAUUAGUGUCAAACCCAAACCCAAGCAACCUAGCAAGUCAGUGAUAGUGAAGAGUGUGGAGAGGAACGCUCUGAACAUGUAUGAGGCCAGGCGUUAUCUGUUGGGUUUGGAGAGCAGCGGCGUAUCAGUCCCUACCAGCAGCAUCAGCAGCAGUUACAGCAGCAGUCCUCCGUCUGGCCCUGCUCCACCUCCACCUCUCAGCUGCCCUGUUGGCCUCGACAUCCUGGCCUCUGCCGGCCUCGGCCUCACCAGCCUGGGUCUUCUGGGACCUACGGCAGCCUCCAUGACAGGACCUUCCACCAACUCCCUUCUCAACGCUCUCAACAGCUCCAUCAGCCCAUUACAGACAUCCACCUCUGGAGCACCCAGCCCCAAUCUCUGGCCCAGCUCACUAGCCAGCACUCCAGGUUUCUCAUCGCACUUGAUGAUCCACCCAGCCACCCAGGCCACUCUAACCAGCAUCUUGCUGUCAGGGGUGCCGGGCUACACCCAGAACACUCCAUCCCCUCCACCUGGUCUCGCCCCCAUAGACGCCCAAGUCAACGGAGUAUCAGACUGCAGUAAAGCUGUGUCCUCCCUUAGUAGCAAACAGCCCAGCACCAUGUACAGCAGAAUGUCUUCAGCGUCUCUGGCAGAUAAAGUUCUGACCGCAGCUCAUGGCGACUCUGUACAGGAAGCCAGUCCCCACUGCCCUUCUGAACCGCUGUCCAGCAAAUCCAGCCAAGACCAAGGAUCAGAUACGUUCGUGGAGGUGGGCAUGCCUCGAAGUCCCUCUCACUCGGGAAACAGCAAUGAACUGAAGCAGAUGUUGGCAUCUUGUAAGACGACGUCAGGAAAGAGGCAAGCCCUGGAGCUGCUUCAGGGCACCAAGAACUCCCUCCUACAUUCAGACUGUCUGUUGUCAGACUCUGACUCCAGUGCCUCGGAGAGUCCGGUGGCUGAUAAACGCGCUCCAGGCAGUGAAAGAGCAGCCGAACGGGCCGCUCAGCAGAAUUCAGACAGAAUUCGUCUGCCGCCCCAAUCCUCCUUCCCCAGCAUGCAGGCGUUCGACUACGAGCAAAAGAAGUUAUUGGCAACCAAAGCCAUGUUAAAGAAGCCAGUGGUGACGGAGGUCCGUACCCCUACUAACACGUGGAGCGGUCUGGGCUUCUCAAAGUCUAUGCCUGCAGAAACUAUUAAGGAGUUGCGCAGGGCAAACCACGUAUCAUAUAAACCCACCAUGUCAACUACAUAUGAGGGGUCGCCUCUAGCCCUGUCCCGCUCCAACAGUAGAGAGGGGGUGGCGAGUGGCAGUGACUCGGAUAACUGGAGGGAAAGGAAUGGGAGCGGGCUCCCAGCACACAGUGACUUUCCCUCUCCCAUCAGCCCCAAAAGAAAGCAGAACAAAACAGAGCACUACCUAAGCAGCAGCAACUACAUGGACUGCAUCUCGUCGGUGACGGGAACUAAUGGCUGUAAUCUCAACACAUCCUUCAAAGGAUCAGAUCUGCCUGAGCUCUUCAGUAAACUUGGCCUCGGGAAAUAUACCGACGUCUUCCAACAGCAGGAGAUUGACCUUCAGACGUUCCUCACACUGACCGAUCAGGACCUGAAAGAGCUCGGCAUUACUACAUUCGGAGCCCGCAGGAAAAUGCUGCUGGCCAUCUCAGAGCUGAACAAGAACCGAAGAAAGCUCUUUGAGCCGCCCAACAUCCGCUCAUCAUUCCUAGAAGGGGGCGCCAGCGGUCGACUGCCACGCCAGUUCCACACAGACAUUGCCAGUGUGAGCGGGCGCUGGUGAGCCCAUGCCAAUGCACCAACGGACAGCCUUAAACUGCACAAAUUCCCAUUCCCAACUCCAACCUGAUAUACAGUACUGGACCAAAACCCGGACCUUCUGAAACUGUGCCAUUUAAACAAAGUCCAUGGAUCAGAGGUUAAGGGUCAAAGAACUGUUGAAUAUUAUAUGCAGUAUGGUACAUUAUGCAAUAUGGUACUCAUGUUACAAUGAAGGAUCAUUGGAGCCCCUGCACUGUGCUUGUAUAUGGAGCAGGCAGAUUUUAUUUAUAUGCUCUUCUUCGGCUUCGACAUACCAAUUCUUUGCACUUUAAAAAAAUGCUAAAUACUUUGUCCAUGGGCAGAUUUGCCUGACUAGACGUGCAUGGAUUUUAUUUAAAGCACUUAAAUGGAUAUCAAGCCAAAGUGUUCUGCACAAAAUAUCCAUAAGGGAAGCUUAUUUCAUCCCACGGCUACAUUACAGUAAAAUCACCAGCCUGUUGUUAUUACUUAUGGAUCUUAGUCAGAGUAGACAACAUAUUACAUUUGACACAAAUGAAAUUAAGUGUAGGUCUAUCCCUCAUUCAGGCCAAAUUAAAACAAGUCUACCCUGAGUUCCACAGUACAUUUUCUAUCUAUUAUUUCUAAACCUGGAAAUGGUUUACUGUUGAAUGGAAAAUUAAUUUUAGUUUUAGUUCUUCUAUGGUACUCAAAAGAAGAUAUUUAGAAUGUUUCAGCUGUUUUCGACCAUCCAAUGAAAGUCAUUUAAGUACAUUAGUGCCCGCCCACUUUUUCACCAGCGUUAGUUCCGGAAGUAUUUUGCUUCAAACUUUUAUGAACCUUGAGGGGUCCCCGCGGUGAACGGACCAAGGGGGACAUAUAGUAUAUAUUCUGUAUAAAUACUAUAUAGUAUAUAUACUAUAACUAAAGCUGUGAAUGUUUCCAGAUGUACACCGAAGUAUUGAAACCACCAAGUGCCUUUUGUCUUGCACUGACAAUUUUUCCAAAGCAAUCAAAGACUAUCGGUCUCUCAAAGGUACAAAUAUUUUACUAGGAAGUACCACUUACAAAGUAAUCUUGCAGUGCAUUGCUUUAUCUUUACAUGUACGGUAUAUAUUUAGUAUUUUCAUUUAGCUCUUGAGUAUGUUGAAUUUGUACCUCACGUGAUAGAGGUACUAUUUGAGUUUGUAUUGUGUGUAUUGUCUUAUUAUGAGUGUUUAUAGACUUUUUAGCCAUUUGCUUUGUUAAUUUACGGACAGAUCAAUUUGUGUAAUGGUUUGUAUUGUUUUUUUUGUUGUUGUUUUUUUUUAUCAAAUUAAGCUGACAAAUGAGUGAAACAAUAGCUCUUGGUGUUACCUAAAAAUAUUAAUAGUAAUAAUAAAAAUGCAACAGACUAUGCAAAGGAUCACUUUGCCAUUUUAGGUUUAAAUGUUUCCUUUUAAGCACAUACUGUACGCUUUUAUUGGUUGUCUCUUGUUUUUUAAAGCGAAUGAAUUUUAUAGACUUUGUUUUCAGUAAAUGGCUUGAUAUAUCUUAGAUUAGAGCCUUUUAUAUGCAUCAAAUGCCUCUUUAGUGAGAGACCAAUUGUAAUUCAUUUGUAGAAUUGUUUUGUUCUCUCCCUAAGAGGGAAAAAUAAGGGACAGACGACGUCUUAAUAUUCUGACAUGGUCUUCACAUGGCCAGCACAUAUUUGAGUAUUUUUGGCCAAAGUCAAAUGCAUAACCUCUGGGUUAUGAGGUUACAUCAUGUGCACAAAUGUACAAAGCAGUGAAGUAAAAACUGGAUAUUAAAGCACAUUAACCAGUAUUGUUUUUCCAAAUGUAUGUUAAUUUGCCAGUGCCUUGGGAAUGACUUUUAAAAUCUGUGAGUGUGGUGCAGAUUCUGUAAUAUACUCCAUUAUAAUGUUCUGUGGUGAUGUAUUUGUAUAAUUGCCAUAAAUGUGGUAUCGCUGAAUGUUCUUCAUAAGUUGAAGGUGUUAUGAAAGAAUAAAGCGUAUGUAAAUCUUUUUCAUCUUA